UGCUCACCAUCGCCGGACUCCAUUUUGAGUCAGCUUGUGUGGCAACGCCGAGCGGAAAAAAAGAAAAAAGCUAAACCUAGCCUAGCCUGUUGUCGCCCUUUCUUUAGGCCCGAACGCUACUAGCACGACCCAAACCCACUCAGCCGACGAAGCAACGCUCGCGAACCAAGUUACUAUCCGAAAGGAAAGCAAAUCUUAUCGUAUGUCCGCUAUCCAGAACCUCCAAACUUUUGACCCCUUUGCUGAUGCAACUAAGGGUGAUGACUGCCUCCCAACUGGGAAAGAAGACUACAUCCACAUAAGAAUCCAACAGCGGAACGGCAGGAAGACCCUCACGACUGUCCAGGGCAUCGCCGCCGAGUAUGACAAGAAGAAGCUAGUCAAGGCCUUCAAGAAGAAAUUCGCUUGCAAUGGGACCGUGAUCGAGCACCCGGAGUAUGGUGAAGUGAUCCAACUUCAGGGAGAUCAGCGGAAGCACAUCUGCCAGUUCCUCAUAGAGAUUGACCUGGCCAAAGAUGAGCAGCUCAAAGUACACGGCUUUUAGACGCUACCAAUAGCCCCCUCACCCGGAAGACUAUCAUUUCCCCCUCCCCCAAUGUGCUGCUGUCGCUCUUCUCCCCCCUGCCCCAGCUCCUACUAGCUAAGGUGAACAAGCUGUUCUAACAUGGGACUGUGUACCACCACUGCCGCCCUCCACCACCAGAGGGCAGACUCUCUGCGGCAGCGCAGACUUCCUGAGACUCCUCACAACAUCCGAGACGAAUGGUGAUGACGUCUUCAUGCCUUCCCUGGGUUAUUUACUUCAUUUUUUCCCCCUUUUUAGGUCUUUGUGCCACUGUGAGGAGGCACUAUUCAUGUAACUUUUUUUGUUUUGUACUUAAGGUGUUUCAAUAAAAUGAUGCGUCUCCAUA